AGCCGAAGUGCCAGGCAAUACUAACUCUGUAGUUUGUUAGACCUUAUAAACAGAAAUUGUACUUUCUGGAAAUGUAACGUAUUAUUUUCUAGUGUUUUCAUGUCAUAUUCCUUAAUCAAAAAUGGAAAAAUUAUUGCAUUUCAAUGUUUAUUGGAUUAUCUAUUCAUUCUUGUUAAAAUAUGUGAUUUGUAUAAAACGUGAAGUGACUGUGGGUGUACUUUUACAAGAUUUAACUUCUCAAAUCAAUAUUCCAUUGAAUAGUACAAUUUAUAAGAAAAACAUGUUUGAACACAUAGUUCCUUUCUCGAGUAGAAUUAUGUCAGUUUCUGGAACGGAUAAUUUUGAAGCAAGCCAAACUUUAUGUAAUAUGUUGGAAGGAAAUGAGGGUGUUAUAGCCGUAUACUCAGACGCUAUAAAUACCAUCCCAAUAUUAGAGUCAACUUGUACAAAUUUUGAAGUACCAUUCAUAACGACUUCUUGGAGAAACCCACACCCAACAAAAAAAUAUGGAGAUGCAGAAUCUGGAGCUUUAGUCAGUUUUUUUCCUGAAGCCGAAGCUUAUGCAAAAGGUCUUGCCGAAAUUGUGAAAAGUCUCCAAUGGAAUAGUUUUAUAAUUAUAUAUGAAACCGAAGAAGGCUUAAUACGCAUGCAAGAAAUAUUGAAAUUGCAAGAACUUAGUCCUGCUUCGAAGAGAAAUAACAUCCUUGUGAUGCAGCUUGGCUCCGAUCCGGAUUACAGGCCUCUGCUUAAAAAGAUUAAAAACACAACUGAAGACAAUAUUAUUUUAGACUGUCAAACAACAAAAAUAUUACCGGUAUUAAAUCAAGCCAAAAACUUAGGAAUGCUGAAUUUACACAACAGAUACUUUUUAACAUCGUUGGAUGCUCAUACUUUAGAUUUUGCGUCUUUAAAUACCACAGCCAAUAUCACUACCAUACGGCUCCAUGACCCUAAAAGUGACGAUUUUCGAAAUACCAUUCAUAGAUGGGAACUCACAGAAUUUGAGAAUCACAAUAAAAGGGUUCCAUUGGAUUAUUUGUCUAUAAAGACUGAAACCGUACUUUUUCAUGAUGCUAUACUUCUAGUAACUGACAGUAUAAAUGCAAUAUCAGUCAAAUUUAACAUUAAUAACAAACCAAUUUCAUGUAAUGGUAAUGAUACAUCCGACUAUGGAUUUACCCUUAGACAAUACAUUCUAAUUAAUACUCCAUCGCUUACACUGACAGGACCUAUAAAAUUUAACGAUAAAGGGGAACGAAUCGAUUUUAAUAUCCACGUUGUUGAUAUCCUAGACGAUACGGUUAUAGCUACAUGGUUCGCCAAUAACGAAUCUCUCACCUUAGCAAGAAGUGACAACCAAACCGUCGACGCAGCUAUUUCAAAUCUUCAAAAAAUUACAGUUAUUGUAUCUUCAAGAAUUGGUGAACCUUACUUGAUGCUUCGUGAACCAAAAUAUGAAGGUGAGAUCUUGACUGGAAAUUAUCGUUAUGAAGGGUAUUCCAUGGAUUUGAUAGAUAAAAUUGCGAAAAUUAUAGGAUUCAAUUAUCAGUUCGAAAUUACCGAUAAAUAUGGAAAUUAUGAUAAAGUCGAAAAAAGAUGGAACGGUUUAAUAAGAGAAGUCUUAGAAAAGAGAGCUCAUUUAGCAAUUUGUGAUUUGACAAUAACUCCUGAACGGAGAGAAGUAGUUGAUUUUAGUAUGCCAUUCAUGACUUUAGGUAUAGGAAUUUUGCACAAGAUGCCUGAUAAGGGUGAUGUGAAUAUGUUCGGUUUUUUGGAUCCUUUUUCGCCUAUCGUUUGGAUAUACACUGCUACGCUGUAUCUGAUAAUAUCUAUUGUAUUAUUUUUUAUCUCCAGAAUGACUCCAGGUGACUGGGAAAACCCUCAUCCGUGCGAAGAAAACCCAGAAGAAUUAGAAAAUAUCUGGGACGUAAAAAAUUGUCUUUGGCUUACUCUUGGAUCUAUAAUGACCCAAGGUUGUGACAUUUUACCAAAGGGAAUUUCGUCGAGAUUGGCAGUAGGUAUGUGGUGGUUCUUCUCACUUAUUAUGACCAGUUCCUAUACCGCAAACUUAGCCGCGUUUUUGACUAAAGCUAAUUUAGAACCACCCAUAGAUGGCGCGGAAGCUCUCUCCAAACAAACUAAGAUAAAGUAUGGUUGUUUGGCAAACGGAGCGACGGAAUCCUUCUUCAAAAACUCUAAUUUUUCUACAUAUCAAAGAAUGUGGAUGAGCAUGCAACAAACGAAGCCAAGCGUAUUUGAAGAGAGCAAUCCUGAAGGUGUACAAAGAGUGAGAACCACGAAAAAUUCUUUAUACGCUUUCCUAAUGGAAUCCACGCAAAUUGAAUAUGAAGUUGAAACAAAAUGUGAUUUAAAACAAAUCGGAAGACUAUUGGAUAGUAAAAGUUUUGGAAUCGCCAUGCCCAUGAAUUCUCCGUAUAGAAGCGCGAUAAAUCGAGCAGUACUGAAAUUGCAGGAGUCUGGAGAACUAGGAGAUUUGAAAAAAAAGUGGUGGAAAGAGAAACAAAAAGAACCAUCUUGUCCAGCACCAAGUGAGGAAGAAGAUUCUUUAAAAUUGGACCUAGCAAAUGUUGGUGGAAUAUUUUUGGUAUUGGGAAUUGGAAUAGCAAUGUCUUGUGUAUUUGCAAUAUUAGAGUUUCUAUGGAAUUGUAGAACAAUAUCUGUACAAGAGCACAUUAGUUUUAUGCACGCACUUAAAAUCGAGCUGAAGUUCGCGUGCAACAUCUUCAUAACCAAGAAACGAGUCAAACCACUUUUGUCGGAAAAUGGUUCAUCCGAGAGAAGUGAAAAAGACGAUGAAAAGAACGAAAGCAAAAGCAUGAUACAGAGUAUGUUACAGAGUAUUGGAUCCAACUUAAACUUAAAUGAAUAAAAAAUAAUGUUAUUAUUGUAGUUAAAUGUAUAAAUAAAAUUGUUUCAACACGAUUGGUUCAAUAA